UUCUUUAGCUGCUUUCCAUGUUUAAAACAGCUCAUCUUGGUGGUUUCUUGUUUCCCUCAAAACCACUUUGUUUGCUUAUAAAAAGCUCUCCUGACUUUGAUAUGAAAUUAUAAAACCCUUCACACACAAAAAAAGACCCAAUUUCAGAGCUCAACUGCAAACCCUAAUCUAGGUUCUAGACCACGGUGGUGACGAUGGGAAGAGGGAAGAUUGUAAUAAGGAGGAUCGACAACACGACAAGCAGGCAAGUUACUUUUUCGAAGCGAAGGAGUGGGUUGUUGAAGAAGGCGAAGGAGUUAGCGAUUCUAUGUGAUGCAGAAGUAGGAUUGAUCAUCUUCUCCAGCACUGGCAAGCUAUACGAAUUCACGAGCACCAGCAUGAAAUCCGUAAUUGAACGAUACAAUAAAUCUAGAGAGGAAAAUCAUCAACUACAUAAUCAAGUGUCAGACGUCAAGUUUUGGCAAAGGGAGGCAGCAAUCUUGAGGCAACAAUUACACAACUUGCAAGAAAAUCAUCGGCAAUUGAUGGGAGAAGAACUUUACGGUUUGAGUGUCAAAGACCUACAAAAUCUAGAGAACCAACUGGAAAUGAGUUUGCAAGGUGUCCGCAUGAAAAAGGAGCAGAUUCUAACUGAUGAAAUACGAGAGCUAAACCAAAAGGGGAACCUUAUACAUCAAGAAAAUGUAGAACUCUACAAGAAGGUGAACCUCAUUCAUCAGGAAAACAUGGAAAUGUAUAAAAAGGUUUAUGGCACAAGGGAUGUGAUAGCAGUGACUGAAAACACACAAAAUCCGUAUGGUUUCAGCAUUGGAGACGACUCAUGUGUGCCUAUUCAUCUCCAAUUAAGCCAGCCUGAGCAUCAAAUUCAUGAGAUACCAACAAGCGAAACAAGAUCAAGGUGAACAUGCUAGGUUGCGAAAAAAGUCUCCCUUCUCCAACAUUGUCAGUUUCAAAGUUGGCAACAUCUCAAGAAAUGUAAACACAUGUUCUAUGAAGAGGUUUCUAAGAUUUUCAUGCAAUUGAUAUGUAUUUCUGUAUCAAACUCGAGCAAAUAACUACAUUAUACAUGUGGCCAUAACUUACCGAUGCUACUAACACAUAUUGCAUGGAGUAUAUUGCAGAUGACAAACAGCCACUUUGCAUAUAUAAUGCGAAGGUUAGGUCUCUCUAUCCCCCCAAUUAACAGGGACCAACAAUGUCCUUAUGUUGCAUAUAACAACUGAGAAGCAAUUUACAGAAAUCUAUUGGUCAUACAUGAGUCAAGAAAGUGAAUUGUUCAUAUCAUAGAUGAGCUCCAUGCAAAAUCACCAUGACAUAGCUUUGAAAUAAAACUAAAAAUUUAAGUCCAAAAUUUCUUUAUGAGUGCUUCUAUUAUCACCUACCUAAUUUCUUUGGACCCCUUAAUUUUCACUCUUUUUUUAUUACAAUUAUACCCUGAAGUAAAAUUACAUUAAAGGACAACUUUUAAUAGAACACCCACUCACCAAAUGAAGACAAUUAAAAUGACACUCUACAAUUUUGUACACCCACCUCAAUCCCCAUCUAAACAUAUUCCUCAUCAACUUAAACCCCGCAUUCCUCUUCAUCAUCAUCCUAAACCCUAAACGUAUUUAUCUUCAUCACCAUCAUAGUCCGGUCCAAAUCAAUUAACGUUUCAAUCCUAUUACACUGAAUUCCUCCAAUCAAAUUUCCAUAUACGUCUGUGGUCGUUUUCACCAUUCGUUGAUACUUAUAGAGUAAUGGAGAACGAUGACAACAACUUCGAUGAGAUUGGCAUUGCAUUGGUAAGUUUAUUUAUCUUGCAUUAACGAUCCUUAGUCGUUUUCAAUGGUUGCUAUUUUGUUUGAGCUUAUUUGGUACAAGUUUGCUAAGGCCAAGUUUGGCAUAAUUGAAAAAAGACAAAAAGUCAAAAAGUCACUAUCCUAUUUAAGUCACAUCAUCUUAUUUAAGUCACAUCACCUCUCUAACACAUCACUUCAAACCCAACCCAAACCCAACCCAUAUUUCAUAAAAAGUCAAAAAAUGCACUUAUUUAGUCUUCCCAAACUAGGCCUAACUAUUAAUGUUUUGUUCGGUAACGCGAUACUGAACAGAAACAUUUAGUUCGGUACAUGGGUUCCAAACAAAACCUUUAUUUUCGGCACUAUUCAACCAAACAUAAUUUCAGACAAAACGAAGAGAUUUUCUUCAGUCACUGAUCUCGAAUGAGAGACUUCUGAUAGGUCAACAAGAAGACGAUGAGGGUAAUCUAGACGCAGCAAACGCAACAGCAGCUCCGCCAUCUGCGGUUGUGGCGAGAGGGGUGAGGACGGUAGGCUAGCGUUGUAAAGUUGGGCAUUGGUUGGCGGAAAAGUGAGUGACAAAGAGAGACAUACCAGAUCUGGAAGAAGAAGGAGAGAGAGAGUGCGUGUGUGUGUGUGUGCAAAAUUAGGUAGAUGUGCACUUGGGUGUGAUGAUAUUAUAAAUAGGGGUAAAAUUGGUAUUAAGUGGGGUGUUCAAAGAAAUCUUAUUAAAAUUUAGGAUUUAGGAUGAGGGUUCAAAGAAUUAAGGUAGGUAGGUGCUAAUAGCAGCACUCUUCUUUAUAGUUAUCCUUCUCUUUUAUGAAUCCUUAUACUAAAUUGGGCAAGUAGGACCAAGAAAAGCAAGCAUUGUCAGAAUAUUCCAAGGCAAAUCAACCUGUUUAUCUUGUUUCCCCCAAGCAAAAAAAGAAAGACUAUUACCUGAAAGGGUGGGAACUGAAGUACUAGCAUUUAGUUAACUUCUUCUUUUUCAAUUUCAUCUUAGCAUCUUGCAAGGAGCCUUUUGCAGUUUAUAUGCAGGAAGAAAGUAGCUCAAAAACAAUGUCAUGACACAACCAUCCUAAAACAAAGGCUAAAUAUGUUCAAUUUCGGUGCAUUUUCUUAACCUCAAAUCAUAAUACCUAUUCUAAUAGGACAACCACCAAAUGUUCAGGAGCAAAAUAGAAAUUUUAUAUGCAGUAAAGAAAGGAGCAUCAAAUAGGAUUUGAAACUAAAUUUAAAACAAUGACAUGGGUCACAAGUCUUGGUGGCACAAGGAACACUCUAGCAAAAUGGGCGGGUAUUCUUUUUUUCUUACGGAAAGAGCAGCAUAACAUAGCACCAAGGAACCAAAACCAAAAAACAGCCAAAAAGAGGGACAACUGACUUCACCAAGGGUCUUCACCCCUCCUGAUCUAUCCAUCUCCACAGCAUUCUUCACCCACAGAGGGACCUCACUGGCUCAGAGGGAACCACUAAAUUUAUUU